AUGAGGACAAAAGAAGCGGACGACGACGCCUUCUCGACGUCGAAGAAACGCCCGUUGAGAAAACGCGCGAAGGCUGUGCCGUCGUUUGCUGCGUUCUCGUCGUUUUUCUCCUUUCUCCUUCUCGUCGUCGUCUUUGUUCUUCCCUUCUUUUUAGGGGAAAAUGUCACCGUUCGCGCGGAGGAAGAAGGAAGCUUUGAGAGGACGUCGACGGCGCAAAAGUCAUCGUUUACGUCGUCGUCUGAAUCAUCAUUCACCUUACCACUUUCCGUCGACGUCCUUUUGCUCGGAUUAGACGACACGCUCGGGAACGAUCCGUAUUUACAGGUGGACAAAUCUGGUUUGCUUUUGCACUUAAACGAAGCGUUUCAGAAGUUUUCAGUGUUACACAACGAUAUGAAAGAGAAAAAUGUCAUCGUCCCGAUGAAGAGCAAAGUGCGUUUUACCAUCCAAUGGACGGUGAAACACGGCUCGGUAUCGCUCUACGAGGAAAAGUUAGGGAAAUUAAGACGGGAUUACGAAGACGCGGUUGGUACGUUAAAAUCGAGGCGUACGCACCGUCCUCGAUUUAUCGUCGACGCGAAAGCGUUGGAACCGGUCGUGGAGCGAGUGAUUCGAGGGAACAACGACGAGGAAAUCGAUUCGGAUGGGAAGUUUACGGUCGUCAUCUGCUUGCCAUCCGCGACGAGGAUUAUUUAUAACUCGAACGGGACCUCCGAUAUGGACACGAAAGAGUUUUCGUACACGUACGGGUACGAUUUGAAAAACGUAGAUAUGCACGAAGAGUUGAGGGCGCCGAAGAAGAGGCACAGGGAGUACGCGACGUCGAACGCGUGGGUCGGGAGUGGAAAGUACGCCGUGGUCGAUUUAAGAGCGGAAGGACCGCCAGUCAAGAAAGGCCAGAAGAAGAGCACGUGGGUGUUUCCGACGAGACAUAGCAUCGUAGAGCCGUUUAAGGAGUUUUUGAACACGGAGGAAGGUGUUUUUGAGAGCGUACGGAGGAAUUUUGACGCGCACGUGUACGGAGAAUUAGGGAAGACAAUAUUUGAUGGCGUGAGGAGUUUGCACGCGCCAGAUAUCGCGUUCGAGACGAUGAAUUUCGCGAAGCGAGUGUUGGUGCCGAUUAUUGCGCUGAGAGAUCACGCGGCGUUCGAUCCUCUCGACCCGGAGUUGCAUUACGAACACGCCGAUUUUAAGAAUAAAGAUGUCGUCGAUGAAACCGCCAACGAGGCGAGCGUGGAUUUACAAGCGAUUGAGCGAGAAGUGAGAAAGUUCUUGCUCCCCGGUCAGGAACUCGUUUUGGUGUCUGGGACGCACGAGUUACAUUUACAUCAUCACAUUGCCUCUGCCAUAGCGCGUGCGAAGAGACACAGCGUCGUGAACAGAGAGGAGCGAUUCGUCAAGUUUUCGAAACGCCACGUGUUGGAAGAGCUUCGCGUUUCCAGCGACGUGCUUGGACAUGGUUUGAGUGAACACGUCGAAAGAGCAUCGUCUUUGUUGUACUCUAGAUACGGGCCGAAAGCAGCCGAGCACGCCGCGCACGCGAUGCUGUUAGAUACGCAUUUGAAGGAAGACGUAAACGUCGGGCAUUUGCAUUCGAAACGCGGCGAUGUCGGGGGAUCGCAGUUCUUGGCCAACAAUCGAACGAAUACGGUAAAGCUAUUCGGUACCAGAGUGGUUCCAGUGUACCUUUUAUCGCUUGCAUCGUACGGUAAAGGCGUUACGUUAGAUGAUGACGACGGUUUAGACGUGAGUGAGAACGGUGAUAUCAAGGAUGACGAUGACGACGAUUACAUACGAAACGACGUCGCUUCCGAUGAAAGCUUGGUGGUUGUUUUACAAGACGCCUCGGAGAUUGCUUCGCAAGAUGCAGCAAUGGAUGGAAGCGGUAAUUCUGCACCAUCGCGUAAGGGGAUUCCAAAUCCAAACCCGACGCGCGAUAUCAUCGCCGGUCUCGCGAAAACGCUCGGUGCGUUGCCGUUACCGUUUGAAGCGAGGAAACACAAAGGCCGAGAUUUUGAGCCGUUGCUGUGGGCGGUGGGCUGUCACCCGUUUGGCGGAGACCUUUCAAACACGGAAGAUGUUUCCGAGGUCAUUGCAAACGCCGGGAGAAGAAAUCACAUUGUCUCUCGUUUGGACUCUGCCAUACACAUCGUGGAAGCGGCGACGGAGACGUACAACGCCUUUGCGAGCGAAUACGUCAACGAGAGCGAUGACUACGAAAAGUAUCACGACACGCUGCCGCACUCUUUACCAAAACGCAUUGCCAAGGAAAUGCGAGAAAAUCUGCGAGACAUGAAUGACGCGUUUGAAGAGUUAGCGAAAACUUUAUCUUCGUUUGAAGAGAACGAAGACGCUGUGCACGAACAAUCCGAUUUCGUCUUGAGCAAAGCUAUGGAAUUCGCAGAACGGUCGAGAUUGACGAUUGAGAACGCGAGGAUUAAAUUAGCGCGGUGCAGAUUACGUCGCGAAAAAAUGAGCGUUACCAAUUCGAUAUUGAUGCUCCCGGUCUUUCUCGAAAACGUGUUUAGUGCACCGGGAAAAGAAAAGGAAGGAAAUAUCCUCGUCAUCAACAACAAAAUUUCGGACACGUGA